CACGUGGGCACUGACGCUUCCUUCUUCCGGCAAGAACCCAGGAGAGCGUGCAUCGCGAAAUGGAGAGUCAUGAGACCAAGGAGCCAGAGCAGCUCCGUAAGCUGUUCAUCGGGGGCCUGAGCUUUGAGACCACAGACGAGAGCUUGAGGGCCCAUUUUGAGCAAUGGGGAAAGCUCACAGACUGCGUGGUGAUGCGAGACCCGGCGAACAAGCGCUCACGUGGUUUCGGCUUCGUGACAUAUUCCUGCGUGGAAGAGGUGGAUGCCGCCAUGGCCGCCCGGCCGCACAAGGUGGACGGGCGUGUGGUGGAACCCAAGAGGGCGGUGUCCCGAGAGGACUCCUCCAAACCGGGCGCCCACCUGACGGUGAAGAAGAUCUUUGUGGGAGGGAUCAAGGAGGACACUGAGGAGUACCACCUGAGGGAGUACUUCGAGGCCUACGGGAAGAUCGAGAGCAUCGAGGUGAUGGAGGAGCGUCAGACUGGGAAGAAGAGGGGCUUCUGCUUCGUCACGUUCGACGAUCACGACACAGUCGACAAAAUCGUCGCUCAGAAAUAUCACACAAUAAACAACCACAACUGUGAGGUGAGGAAAGCGUUAUCAAAGCAGGAAAUGCAGGCAGCGGCCAAUCAGAGAAAUAGGGGUGGGGGUGGAGGAAAUUUCAUGGGCAGAGGAGGCAAUUUUGGUGGUGGAAACUUUGGCCGAGGUGGCAACUUUUCGGGUAGGGGAGGUUAUGGAGGAGGCAGAGGUUAUGGAGGAGAUGGUGGAGGCUACAAUGGGUUCGGUGGAGACGGAGGAAAUUAUGGUGGGGGACCCGGAUAUGGGGGAGGCCGUGGGGGCUAUGGGGGAGGUGGUCCUGGGUACGGAAACCAGGGAGGAGGGUUUGGAGGAUACGAUAACUACAACGACGGCGGCAACUUUGGAGGGAACUUUGGUGGAGGUGGAAACUACAAUGACUUUGGGAGCUAUGGUGGACAGCAGUCCAACUAUGGCCCGAUGAAGGGCAACAGCUUUGGCGGAAGGAAUUCAGGAGGACCCUACGGAGGAGGCUAUGGUUCUGGUGGAGGAAGUGGGGGCGGCUAUGGCUCACGGCGAUAUUAAUAUUUUGUAGGCGGCUACAGUUCUUAGCAGGAGAGGAGAUGAGCAGAGGAGGGGUCAGGAAAGCUACAGGUUACUUUGAGGCAGUCGUCCGAGAUCAUUAGAGGGACACACGAGAGGCGCCAGGAUCCCUAGUCAGAAAAGUUACGGCAGGAGACUGUCCCUUGAUAAGGACUGUAUCCACUAGCUACAUGGUGCAAGAGAGUAGCUACUGGCUAAAGAAACCGUGUCUGUUAGAUGUACAUUCCUGAGGUCUUAUUUUGUUGGUAGAUUUUUUUCCCCUUUUUAUCUUUUUUUCUUGCUUGCAUCUAUGAGAAAUGCCCAUGUAUCCUGUGGUAGUGGUAUCAGGAAUAAAAACAAGGAAACCUUUUUUAACUGAAAAUGUGUAGUCAGUUUUUGAAUGGAGUCUUAAUAAGUUAUUUUGUUCUCUGAAUAGAGAAUAUUAUUAGUUAUAUGUGGCCAAAGAGUUCAGUAGAAACAAGUAGGAAACAAAAGUCUGGUGUCAGUUUUUUAUUUUAUUUAAUAUUUUCAAUAAUAAAUUAUUCAGUGAUUGUGUUUCAGUGUGAGGUGAAUUCUAAUCUGUGUGCUGAGUAUGUGUAAUCCAUUUUGAUCAGUAUAAAAGUGAGCAGAACACUAGUGAAAACAGUCUGGAAGGAUUUAGACUUCAUGUAGGGGUGUGUGUUCCUCACAAGAAGUGUAAAUAGAAUUCUAGAUUGCUGAAAACAUUUGAAAAGUGAAAAUCGGACUGAAUAAAUGUAAUAAAAGAUGAAAUCUAACAGUAAUAAUGGGAAUGCAACAGAAUGGUAACAUACAUUUUUCUAAAUGACAAAAAUGUAAAUCUGAAGUUAUGUACUCCGUCCGAAAGUGAGGUUUUGUGCACUGUUGAGUCCGUGAGGUGUUGAGUGUAUGUUGGCAUCCUGUUGUAUUCCCAUCGUUGUUGUGGUUGAGUGUAGCUGUCUGACGUCGCUGGAAGAUUUUUGUGUUUGUUUCCGGGGACCUUUUUUUUGUUUUGUUUUUCUUCAACAACUUGAUGACGAGGGAGCGUCUGCCAGGCCUCAGGCUCAGCCAAUAAAGUCACCAGUGCCAGUCUUUCACAUCUAGGACUAUUAGAAGCCAGCUGAGCCUGCAGUUGGGCCUGGUUUAGGGCAGAGUGGAUGAACGCUGGUGAUUGUGAGGCAGGAACCUCCUCAGCCCCAGCACAGAGGACCAGUCAGCAUGUUUCAGAAGCAGGAGGCAGCGUGGAGAUUCUCACCCUGGGAGGAAAGCUUGCAGUGUCUGUGCUGGUAGUGAGCGUCUCUCUCAAGGCUAGCUAAAACCUUCUGAGAACAAGCUGACGCUAGCGAAGAAAGAAUAGCCACACUUCCUGGAUAUUUCAGAAGGUCCGUUGAGUCGUAGCUACUGCAGUUGGGCAGAAACAUGCACGCUAGGUCUAGAUUCAGACCUGAAAGAGGAGAGGGGAGUGAGUACAAGGCUUUAUAUUUUUCAAACAGUAACAUUACAUGAAAUAAAGAAGAUGGGGCAAUAUCUUAGGUCCAGGUAAGAGUAACCACUUUGCUUGAUUUACAGAUUGGAAAAGAAGCUGUCUUCUUAACGGCUGAAACUCUAUUAUGACACGUAAACUUCAAGGGUUCUGGAUGGGUAAGGCUCAGUAUUUUUUCCCAAUAUGUAUGCCAGUACAUAAAACACACAUGGAAGUGGAUAAAUUUAAUGCCAUUCAAAUUUAAGCAUUGGUCUUUUCAGGGGUCACACCUAGUGUAUAGACUUGUCCUGUUCACGGGUGAUCACUUGGUACCUCCAAGGUGGAUUAACGGGUUUGUUAGGCACUUUGAGAACACUGGUGUAUAACAAAGCACUCUCAGUUCUGCUGAUGACCAGCCUGUAGUACAUUUUAAGAUAUUGAGAAGUGUGCAUUUUAUGUAGAUGCUUUCCCAUUAGCUGAACAUUAGUUUAGCCGUAUGUUUAUCUAAAGUGAAGUAAAUUAAUAUUGUCAUUUACUUGCUUUGUCACAUGACAUCACAGUUACCUGAGAAUAUGGAGUUUCUCUUCACUACUGUAAACAGUAUGUCACAAAAUAUUCCUGUAAAGCCGUUUAGCAGGAGCCAACUCCAGGUAAGAUUUUUACAGGGGAAAUGUACGAAAAUAAAACAUACAUUUAUUAUAUAUGAUCAAAAAUGGAAUACACACACCUGGACAGUUUUAGUACAUGAUGUUCUUUUUAUAUGAGUAAGUUAUUAAUUGUGAUUUAGGAAAAAAUGCCCCCUUCAUAAGAGACAAACACCCUCUUGGUGUUAAAUUAUGAAAUAUCUGCUAAGAAAUCAGAAUUUUUUUUAUCCCAGGCGAUCAUUGUGAAUGCUGUGAGGGGGUUUUGUAGUGUUCAGCUUCAUUUCUCAAAUUGUUCUCUCAGGGAAGUUAUGAUUUCCAUCUAAAAUAUGAUUCCAAACACAGCCGGGCAUGGUCAGUUUCACAAAACCAGGUCUUCACUUUUGCACACAUUUCACUUCUUAAAAUAUAGAUAUAUAUAAUAUAUAUUUAUGUAUGUGCAAUGCUUAUAGAAACAUUUGUCAUGUAUCCCAUGUUGGUAUAUUGGUGCAGUCUCAUGUAAACCAUACUAUAAAUAAAUGAUUUCUCAAGUGUGCAAGCAGUAAAUAGCUUUGUGAUACGAGUCAGUCACAUUCUUUGGCAUUUGCGACACUAUCAUAG